AUGUCAAAAAAAUCAACUGUUAAAAAAACAACAGUACCAACAAUGUUUACAAAAAAUCCUCCUCCUACAACAACAACAACUGAUAAAGAAACAGAUAAAGAAGAUAAAUCGAAAAAUAAUCGACUUAUUCCAUGGGUUGAAAAAUAUCGACCAAAGAAAGUUAGUGAUGUUGCUUAUCAAGAUGAAGUUGUUGCAGUAUUAACAAAAUGUUUAGCUGGUAGUGAUUUUCCUAAUUUAUUAUUUUAUGGACCACCAGGUACUGGAAAAACGAGUACUAUUCUAGCUGCUGCUCAUGAACUUUUUGGACCUCAAUUAUUUCGUGAUCGAGUUAUGGAAUUGAAUUCAUCCGAUGAACGUGGUAUUAAUGUUAUACGUGAAAAAGUUAAAAAAUUUGCACAAUUUUCGGUUAUUACAACACGUUCGGAUGGUAUGUAUUGUCCACCAUUUAAAUUAAUUAUCCUUGAUGAAUGUGAUUCAAUGACGAAAGCAGCUCAAGCAGCUCUUCGUCGAACAAUGGAACGUGAAUCUAAAACAACAAGAUUUUGUUUAAUUUGUAAUUAUAUUAGUCGAAUAAUCGAUCCAAUAACAAGUCGUUGUGCAAAAUUUCGUUUUAAACCAUUAAAAGAUAAUAUUAUUGAAGAACGUUUACAAGCUAUAUGUAAUAAAGAAAAUGUUCAAUAUGAACCAGAGGCAAUAACUGAAUUAGGUAAAUGUACUGAAGGUGAUAUGCGUAAAGCAGUAACAUUUUUACAAAGUGUUGCUCGUUUUCGUACAAAUAAGUUAAUAACUGUAGCUGAUGUACAUGAAAUAACGGGUAUUAUUUCGGAAAGUGUUAUUGAAAGUCUUUAUCAAGUAUGUCAUUCUGGUUCGUAUGAAAAAUUAGCAACAACUGUUAAAAAUGUAUUAUUAGAAGGUUAUGCAGCUCAUCAAUUAUUAUUACAAUUACAUGAUUAUAUUUUGGGACAAAUGGCAUUAGGUAAUGAACAAAAAGCAAUUAUUUUUGAAAAAGCAGCUAUUGUUGAUGGAUGUUUACUUGAUGGAGCUGAUGAAUAUUUACAAAUGAUGAAUUUUCUUUGUACGUUAUCCUCAGAUGACUAUAGUGAUUAUGAUGCACAAGAACAACAACAACAACAAAUACAAACAGAACCACUUGUUUUCACUCGUCGACCACAAUCAACACAGGUUGCUAUUGGUAGUAGUGCAAUUUUUUAUUGUAGUUCAUCAUCAAGUCCAAUUACAUGGUUUAAAAAUGAUGCACCACUAGGUACUGGUUCAAAACAUAUGAUAACUAAUCAAUAUCUUCAAAUUUUAAAUAUUGAUGAAAAUGAUGAAGCAAUAUAUGAUUGUACAAUACGUAAUGCAUUGGAAAUGAAAACAGCAUCAGCAAAUUUAACUGUACUUUAUGCUCCUCGUUUUGUUCCAUUACCGGAUACAUAUCGUGUUGGUUUAAAAAAUUUAUCUAUUGAAUUACAUUGUCGAGUUCGUGGAAAUCCUAAACCUACAAUUACAUGGCAUAAAUCUCAUAUAAAUAUUCGAUCAUCACAUCGUAUGCAUUUACUUGAUAAUAAUCAAAUUUUACGUAUUAAUCAAUUACGAAAUGAUGAUGCAGGUCUUUACACUUGUAAUGCAGAAAAUUCUCUUCGACGUAUAUCAGCAGCAACUGAUGUUCGUGUACAAGAACCAAUACCACCAUUAUUUUCUCGACGUAUGUCAAAUUUAACAACAUAUGAUAGUGCAUCAGUUGAACUUGAAUGUACAGCAACUGGAGAUCCACAACCAAAAAUAGAAUGGUUUCGAGAUAGUUUUCCUAUUCAUUAUAGUAUUCAAUAUAUAUUAAAAGACGAUGGAUCACUUUUACUUCCACAUGUUACUGCUAAUCAAUCAGGUUAUUAUACAUGUCAAGCAUCGAAUUAUGCUGGAAGAGAAACACAUUCAUUUUGGGUAUCUGUUGUUAAUGAUAAUCAAAUAACUGAUGAACUUAUUGAUCGUCUUGUACAACAAGCAUCAAUAGAAGUUAAUCGUGCUGUUGCAGAAACUAUUCGACAUUUACAAGAUCGUCGUCGACCACGAACACCAGGAGAUUUAAUGUCAUUAAUGAAAUUUCCUAAACCAUUACAAUUAACAUUAGCUAAAACUGAAGAUAUUUUUGAACGAUCACUUGAUCUUGUUCAUCGUUAUGUUGAUAAUAUAACAUUUGCAAGUGAAUAUUCAAAAAGUGAAGUACGACCAUUAGAUUUUCGACCUGAUCAUUAUCUUACAGCUCGUCAAUUAGAACGUCUUGCACUUGUAGCUGGUUGUGUUGUACAUCAAUUAAAUUCUCAUUGUAAUGAAAAAUGUCUGGCAUAUCGUACAGCUGAUGGAACAUGUAAUAAUUUUAAAAAUCCAUUUUGGGGUGCUUCAUUAACAGCUUUAACACGUUGGUUACAUGCACAAUAUGAAAAUGGUUUUAAUACACCACGUGGUUGGAAUGAUAGUAAAUUAUAUAAUGGUUAUAAAUUACCAUCAGCACGUGAAGUAUCAUCAAGAUUAAUAGCAACGAAAACUAUUACACCUGAUCCUGCUUUUUCUCAUAUGCUUAUGCAAUGGGGACAAUUUCAAGAUCAUGAUAUGUCAUUAACAGUACAAGCAACAAGUAAUACACGUUUUUCUGAUAGUCUUCGUUGUUUAUCAUCAUGUUCAUAUGAACCCCCAUGUUAUCCUAUACGUGUUCCUGAUGAUGAUCAUUUACGUCAAGAACGUGGUUCAUGUCUUGAAUUUGUACGUUCAGCUGCUAUAUGUUUAAGUGGUGAAACAUCAUUUCUUCAUUUACCAUAUCGUCGUGAACAAAUUAAUUCUUUAACAUCAUUUUUUGAUGCAUCAAAUGUUUAUGGUUCAACUGUACAAGAUGCUUGGGAUUUACGAGAACGUAGUUCAGGAAAAGGUCUUCUUAGAGUUCAUAGUACAUCUCAAUAUCCAAAAGGAUUACUUCCAUUCAGUACUGAUACACCUGUUGAUUGUCAACGUGAUCGACAAGCAUCACAAAUUGGUUGUUUUCUUGCAGGAGAUCAUCGAGUCAAUGAACAAGUUGCAUUAAUUGCAGUACAUACAAUUUGGGUACGACAACAUAAUCGUUUUGCUAAAAAACUUAGUUUACUGAAUUCAAAUUGGACGGAUGAACAAGUUUAUCAAGAAACACGAAAAAUUAUUGAAGCACAAUUACAAAUUAUAACAUAUAAACAUUGGUUACCAUAUAUUAUUGGUGAUGAAGGUAUGAAUAUGCUUGGAUCAUAUAAAGGUUAUAAUCGAAAUGUUAAUCCAACAAUUUCAAAUGUUUUUGCUACGGCUGCAUUUCGUUUUGGUCAUAGUUUAAUUAAUCCUGUAUUUUAUCGUUUAAAUUCAAGUCUUGAACCAAUUCCUGAAGGAAAUCUUCUUCUUCGUGAUGCAUUUUUUUCUCCAUGGCGUGUUAAAGAACAAGGUGGUAUUGAUCCAUUAUUACGUGGAAUGUUUGGUGUACCUGCUAAAAUAAAAUUACCACAACAAAUUCUUAAUGUUGAAUUAACUGAACGUUUAUUUCAUGUUACACGUGCUAUAUCACUUGAUUUAGCUGCAGCUAAUAUUCAACGUAGUCGUGAUCAUGGUUUACAAUCAUAUACAGCAUGGAGAAAAUUUUGUAAUUUAACAUCAAAUGAUAUUAAUGAUUUUGAUGAUUUACGUUAUGAUAUAAGUGAUGAACAAACACGUAAUACAUUACGUGAUGUUUAUAAACAUGUUGAUAAUAUUGAUGUAUGGGUUGGUGGAAUACUUGAAGAUAAUUUACCUGGUGCAAAAGUUGGACCAACUUUUCGUUGUUUAAUUCUUAAACAAUUUAAAGCACUUAGAGAUGGUGAUAGAUAUUGGUAUGAAAAAUCUGGAAUAUUUACACGUCAACAAAUAAAUUCAUUAGAAAAAACUUCAUUAGCUAAAGUAAUUUGUGAAAAUGGAGAUCAUAUUGAACGUAUACCAAAAAAUGUAUUUUUAAAUGCAAUCUAUCCACGUGAUUAUGUAUCAUGUUCACAUAUAGAAGAUAUUGAUCUUGAACCAUGGCGUGGAUGUUGUAAUCAAAAUAUGGCUGGAUCUAAUGCAGUUUGUAAUAUUCCAGCUAUACUUUCAUAUGAUCCAUUUCCUAAUUAUGAACCAUCUAGAACUAGUACUAAUACACGACAAAAAAGAGAAAUUGUAGAACAAGAAGUUAUAGAAGAUGAAAUAAUAACAAAAGAUGAUCAAUUAGAAUUAGAAAAACUUCGUCAACAAGUUGACGAUGUCUUAAAAAAGUUUGCAACUUUUGAUAAACGUUUAACAACUGGUACACAUUGUUAUGAUCAAAAUACAAGAAAAUUACAUAAAAAUGGUACUAAAUGGCAUGUUCAUAAAUGUCUUGUUUGUCAAUGCAAAGAUGCAACAAGUUUAUGUGAAAUUGUCUGUUAA